CCGCCGGCUUGGGUCGCGGCCCCCACUCGCCCUUGGCCGCUGCCCCUCGCCGCUGGAGAGCCUGCCGGCGCACCGGGCCCUGGAGCGCCCGUCCGUAGCGCGUCCGCCAGCCGUGCCGGGAGUCCGAGCGCAGCCUCGAGGUCUCACCUGAGGAGCCCCUGACCGUCCCUGUCCCCCACCGCACCCCGCAUCCCGGCAAUGCUAACCGCUGUCUGCGGCUCUCUGGGCAGCCAGCACACGGACGCGCCUCACGCCUCCCCUCCGCGCCUCGACCUGCAGCCCCUCCAGACAUACCAGGGCCACACGAGCCCGGAGGCGGGGGACUACCCCUCCCCGCUGCAGCCUGGAGAGCUGCAGAGCCUCCCGCUGGGCCCCGAGGUGGACUUCUCGCAGGGCUAUGAGCUCCCGGGGGCCUCCUCCCGCGUAACCUGUGAGGACCUGGAAAGCGACAACCCCUUGGUCCCGGGACCCUUUUCCAAGCUCCUGCAGCCAGACAUGUCCCACCAUUACGAAUCGUGGUUCCGGCCGACGCACCCGGGCACGGAGGAUGGCUCCUGGUGGGACCUUCAUGCGGGGACCACCUGGAUGGACCUCCCCCACACGCAGGGCGCGCUGACCUCCCCUGGCCACCCGGGGGCGCUGCAGGCCGGCCUGGGGGGCUACGUCGGAGAUCAUCAGCUCUGCGCCCCGCCGCCCCACCCACACCCACACCACCUCCUCCCAGCCGCCGGAGGGCAGCACCUCCUGGGGCCUCCCGACGGGGCCAAGGCCUUGGAAGCGGUGGCCCCGGAGUCCCAGGGGCUGGAUUCCGGUCUGGACGGGGCGACGCGGCCCAAAGGCUCCCGGCGGUCCGUGCCCCGCAGCUCAGGUCAGACCGUGUGCCGCUGCCCCAACUGCCUGGAGGCGGAGCGACUGGGGGCUCCGUGCGGGCCCGACGGGGGCAAGAAGAAGCAUUUGCACAAUUGCCACAUCCCCGGCUGCGGCAAAGCCUACGCCAAGACGUCGCACCUGAAGGCGCACCUGCGCUGGCACAGCGGCGACCGGCCCUUCGUGUGCAACUGGCUGUUCUGCGGCAAGCGCUUCACGCGCUCCGACGAGCUGCAGCGCCACCUCCAGACCCACACGGGCACCAAGAAGUUCCCCUGCGCCGUCUGCAGCCGCGUCUUCAUGCGCAGCGACCACCUGGCCAAGCACAUGAAAACCCACGAGGGCGCCAAGGAGGAGGCGGCGGGGGCGGCCGCGGGCGAGGGCAAGGCUGGCGGCGCGGUGGAGCCCCCGGGGGGCAAAGGCAAGCGGGAGGCGGAGGGCGGCGGAGCUCCCUCCAACUGAGCUCCUCCAACCGCCUCCCCGCGGGUCCCCCCGGGCAUCAGAAGAGAGCCCCUGGCCUGGUGUCCCGGGGGCGGCUUGAGCGAGGAGCAGGUGGUUAUUUAUUGCGAGGGGUGAAGGCGGUGUGGGGUCGGGAGAGGGGACGCUAGGGGUGCUGUAGUCUCUGGCUGGACAGGACGCGUUUGCCUGUUUGGCUGGCCGGGUGUAUGUGUGUGUGAGGGGGGAGCUGCGUAGGCCCCUCUGUUCUCGGUUUCCUCACGUCCCCCAGCUGGAGGGGUGCGGUGGGGUGUCCCCACCGCGGCUGCAGGGCGGAGGGGGCCGCCGGAGAAGACGGGCAUCCCGGGAACAUAGAGGAGUGGGGCCGCCCCUGCGCUGGGGGGACCUGUCUGGACGCGUCCUUAGCGCCUGGGAACCAGGACAUAAAAGCGCCUCCGGAUCCGCCCUGUGGCCUGGCCCCUUUCAUCCCCUCCUAGUUCUCUCCCUAGUUCCGGAGGGAGAGCUGAGAUGGGGUAGGGGAGGCUGGGGGUCCCCUUCAGGGAGGGGUCUCCAUCAGGCGAGGAGGCUGUUGCUGUAAAAAUAACUCCUCUGAGGCGCCUCCUUGUUAACCCUCCCAGACCCAGCCUGAUGGAGCCAUGAAGGAAGGGGGCAGAGGGCCAGAACCGGGACAGCUUCCCAGCCCUAACUGUGGGGUGGAGAAGAGAGCCGGAUAGAGGUGGGGCGUGGGCAAGGAGGUCCCCCUCUAAGACGAGAGGAAGCAAUUGAAUGGGGGAAUGGAGGAAACAAGCCCCUUCCGCUCCAAGCUGGGAUUCGGUCCUUACUCUGGGUCUUGAUGAACAGUAAAGUUCGGCAGUCCACAUUCCCCAUCCGUUCCCCCCGCCCCACCCCAUGUGAGCUUUCCAGGCAGCCAGAAGCCCCCGCUCUAGAAUUAAUGUAGUUCCUCAUCCUAGGUUCCCCAUGGUCUGCCUUCCCGCCUGGGGAUGGAAGGGACGGGGUUACCGGGCUUGUUGGGGUUCGGUGGGGGUGCCCCGCAGAGGGACCUCCAGCAGUUCCCACUGGGAGUGGAGGGCUCUGUCUGCCCGGCCACCUCCUGCUCGCCCUCCCCUUUCCCUGCCCCGGGAGCCAGGCCCCUCCUGUAGAAUGUGUGACGGAGGCUCCCAUUCCUGUCCGUGGGAAGGAGCGGCUCUCCCACUGGAAGGGGCUGCCUUCUGUGAUGUCUAGGAAGCUGUCCCUUUCCUUCUUUAGAUGCUAGAAAUACCUUCUGGUUGUGAUCCCGGAGUGGGGAGGAGGGAGGGAGGAGUCCAGCAGAGGCAAAGGGGAGGGAGCCGGCGAGGGAAGAGUGUGGAGCGAGAGGCCUUUCCCAGGCUUGAUAUGGAGGCUGUAAGGUUCCCCCCGACCUCCCCUCUUUCCACCCAGAGCCUUUUUGGAGGAUUAGUUGUGUAUUGAUUUUUAAGUUAUAAGCAAAGGGUAUUUUAUUUAAUAUUAGGGCAUGUGUUUGUGCAUGUUGUGUGUGUGUGUACGUGAGUGUGUGUGUGUGUGUGUACGUGAGUGUGUGUGUGUGUGUGUGUGUGUGUGUGUGUGUGUGUCUACUGAGCCUGUGGUCUCCAGCCAAGGGAGACCCUACCUUGUUCACCCAUCCAAGGUCCUGGGCUUUAGGCCUACCGUGUCUCUUCCUCCCUUGGGGAUGCUGGAGCCCGGUCCAAGGAGCUCAAAGGGAAAUGGGGCUGGGAUCUGGGUGGGAAUCUGUGUGUGUGUGGAAGGGAGUCUGUACACGGGAUAGGGCGACUCUCCCAGCAGGACUCAUGGGCCCGGGGUAGUUUAAGAAAUAAUGUUCUUUCUUUCUGUUCCCUCUGAUCCUGACCUCCUGCUGACCCCGCCAGAGGUCCCUUUCCUUGCCGAGAGGGUUGGGGGCAGGAGAGAGUUGGCGGUGCCUGCAGGUUGCCUGGCCAGGAGAGAGGGGGAGAAAGGGAGGGCACCGUGGGUGUGAGAUGCCUUUCUCCUCCACCCAUCGAAACCAGCCGCCACCUCCCUGUGCUACCAGGACAGCUUUCCCCAGCGACCAUUCUAAGGGGAACUCCUGAAUGAGUGGUGGUGGUGGAGGGGGGGCAUGGCUGUUCCCCUUGUGGAGGCCCCCAGCUCUAAGGUGUCCCUCUGGUGAGGGCUUUGGUUAGGUUUUCUGUCUGCCCCCUUCUAGGCAGCCCCCUAGAGGAGAAAUGUAGGAUUUUUUUUCUUUAACUGCUGUGAACCCACUUUGUUGGGGGGGAGGGAGAAGAGGAAGAAACAGCCUGUGUUUUUUAUGCCGUAAUAAAGUCAUCAACCACA